GAUGAUCAAAUAGAACAGGUACAACGGGAGGUCUUUAAAUUACUUGGUUAGAAAGGGUAUACCUAUCACAAAGACCAUUCAACAUAGUAUCCGGCAACAAAUAAGCAAAUAGAAAAGAAUUUGUAUUUAAAUUUAAAUAAUUAGAUUAAAUAUAUUGAGACAAAAAUUCGAUGUCGGCAGUGUACACCUAACCAUCGAUGACAUCGAUGUUAACAUCGGUGUUUCUCGAGCUCUAACUUAAUAUCCUCAACACUAAUGUUAAAUAAACAUUAUAAAUUGCUGCUAAAAUGCUCACUGGCCAUUCCCAUCAUAUUCCUAAUCGACUUCUGCGGGCUGCUGACGCAUCUGCAUGAGCUGGACUUUGAGCAACACUUCUACUAUCCCUUGCACGAUGAGGGCCUGGCCUCCUCCGGAAUUUCCAGCUACGAAUUUCUGAAAAUGCCCGCAUUCACGGGCGUGGAUCCGCCCCGGUUGACUAUACUGGUCAAAAGCGCAAUUGGAAAUGUGCGGCGACGCCAGGCUAUACGCAAGACAUGGGGCUAUGAGUUCCGCUUCUCCGACGUUCACAUCCGUCGCGCCUUCCUGCUGGGCACCUCCCCGGACAGCAUGGACGAUGUGGGCCGGGAGGCCAAGCAGCAUGGGGACAUUGUACACGCAGAUUUUGUGGAUGUCUACUUCAACAACACCAUCAAGACAAUGAUGGGCAUGCGCUGGGCCAGCGAGCACUUCAACCAGAGCGACUUCUAUAUGUUCGUCGACGACGACUACUAUGUGUCUAUUAAGAAUGUUCUGCGGUUCCUCGGCCGUGGACGGAAUACCCACCAUCCGGAUCUGCUAUUUGCCGGCUACGUGUUUCAGACGUCGCCACUGCGUCACAAGUUUAGCAAAUGGUAUGUCUCGCUGGAGGAGUACCCGUUCGACAAGUGGCCGCCGUAUGUGACGGCUGGUGCCUUUAUCCUCUCCCGCAGCGCCCUGCUCGAGAUGUACGAGACUAGCAUGCGAGUUCCCGUGUUCCGCUUCGAUGACAUCUAUCUGGGCAUUGUGGCGCUCAAAGCGCGUAUUCCCGUCCACCACUGCGACGGCUUUCUUUUCCACAGACCCCACUAUUCCGGGCCCGAUAGCUACAGCAACGUGAUAGCAUCGCACGGGUUCAGCGAUCCUGAAGAAAUGGUGCAGGUGUGGAACGAAUGCCGGUCGGCGAACUACGCGUAGCACACGCCUCUGACUGCUACGGACAAUAACCCGAGCCACUCGACUGUAUAUACAGAUGUAUUUUGACGUACAUAGAUCAAAACCAAGCCUUUUUAAAGUACAUAUAUGUAAGCCAAAAUGUGUAAAUAUAUUAAUCGAUGAUCAUACUCUUCCUUUUAAGCAGUAACCAUCAAAUAAUAACUACAGUUUUGUUUCUGUCACUAUUGAAUCUACGACUUGUGACAUUUUACUAGUCAUGAACUCACUAGAACUCGUCCGAUCCUGACGGUAACAAAAUAUAGAUGGUAGAUGGCCCUGUUUGGAAAUAUA